AUGCGGGUCGUUGCCUUGCACAACGACUUGGUCGAAUGUCAGAAGAUCGACCCUCACGGCAAUCUCGGGCAAAUAGCCCUUAUUGCCAGAAGUCGAUUUGACUAUCGCCCUCGAAAAGACGCCAGAGCAGGAAUACGCUUUACGCGUUAUCAAUUCCCAUUGCAAUUGGCCUUCGCAAUGUCCAUUAACCGUGCUCAAGGUCAAACCUUGAACGUCGUUGGACUAUACUUGGACGAUCCCGUGUUUAGUCACGGCCAGACAUAUGUGUCGCUUAGUCGCACACGAAGGGCCGCCGACAUCCACAUAUACUCUCACGUCGAUACGGACGAGAUUGAUAAUGUGGUUUACGGCGAAGUCACAGAGUUCCUCCGCGAUCUCGAUGCAAUUUACGAGAAUCAAAAGUCGAAAUACCCUCAGAAACCUGCUGGGAAAUAA